UUGAAUUGUCAAUAGUCCGAAAGAAGAGACAAAAGAGUGAAAACUCGGUGGAUUUCUGGAAUCAGCGAGUAUUCACCAAACUUAAUCAAACUAACGAUAUAACGUUAAGCAACGGUACAACGGGGAAUACUUUUGGGUGGAUGUUACCAGUGCGAGGGUAGCAACUUCCUCCGACCGGGUAACCUGGACAUUUUGUUUUUUGGCAAUUCCCGAAGCACUUUGCAGACUGCCAUCUCAACUUUUGCUGCAGACGUAAAGGAAACUGGAACAAUAUAACCAUAGACAUUUAAAUUGGACUGUCCAUGUUAAAGAUAAAAUUGCUGCAGUGACUUUUUGGAGCCAGUAUUUAUCCCUAGUAGAGAAGACUUGGCUAUCACAGGAACAAAGCAGAUGUGACCAAGCAGAUCCUAUUUUACUACUGGCCACCAUGAAUGUAUAAACAUAGCACUUGGACUCAAACAUCCAAGAUUCACAAAGAAAAUUCUGGAUCAUUAUUACACCAAGGAGAAUAUUACACUGACAAGAAAAACAAAGAGUUUUUGUCUUGGUCAAAUUAUUUAUUCAUAUGAAUGUUAAUUUCUCCCUUUUUUGGAGAGUUGUCUUGUAAAUAGACAGAAUUCAUACGCAGACUUCUUCUUUUCAAGAGGCCUGAACGUCAGAUUGUAUACAUGAUACAUUUGUUAAAAAAGAGUAAAAACAGUUUUUAUUUUUUCAGCUUUUAGUUUUUUUUUACACACUGGUGCAUUAAGCAAAACAGACCUUUAAAAAGGAAGAAGACAAAAACAUACUGAGGAAAUUUGCCUGAUAACACGUUGAACCAAUGGCUACAGCAAGAACAGCAAAUCCAGCAGCAAUGAUUGGAUUCGACAAACAAGCAAAUGGGCAGCUCAGAGGACAGUCAGGACUCCUUACAACUGCCCAACAACCAAGUGCUCCACAGAAAAAGACCAGCAUUCCUCAAAGCAGUGGAGGCAUCAAGUUUGGUGAUGACUGGAAGAAGUGCCUGGAGCUUCCUCCAAAAGACACCAGGAUGAAAACUUCGGAUGUGACAGCAACAAAGGGAAAUGAAUUUGAAGACUACUGCCUAAAGCGGGAACUGUUAAUGGGAAUCUUUGAAAUGGGAUGGGAGAAACCAUCCCCUGUCCAGGAGGAAAGCAUCCCGAUUGCUCUGUCAGGCAGAGAUAUUUUAGCUCGAGCCAAGAAUGGCACAGGAAAAAGUGGAGCCUACCUCAUCCCUCUACUGGAGAGAAUAGACCUGAAGAAGGAUCACAUCCAGGCCAUAGUAAUGGUGCCAACGAGAGAGUUGGCCCUGCAGAUGAGCCAGAUCAGCAUUCAGCUUAGCAAGCACCUAGGAGGGGUCAAGAUCAUGGCUACUACAGGUGGUACCAACUUGAGGGACGACAUCAUGCGUCUCGAUGAGACAGUGCAUGUAGUGAUUGCUACACCGGGCAGGAUACUAGACCUGAUCAAAAAAGGUGUGGCCAAAAUAGACAAGGCCCAAAUGAUUGUGAUGGAUGAGGCAGACAAGCUGCUGUCCCAGGACUUUGUGGUCCUGAUUGAAGACAUUAUCAGCUUCAUGCCAAAAGAUCGUCAGAUCCUGCUUUACUCUGCCACUUUCCCCAUCAGUGUGCAAAAAUUCAUGAGCAAGCACCUGAGGAAGCCUUAUGAGAUCAACCUGAUGGAGGAACUGACCUUGAAGGGCAUCACUCAGUAUUACGCUUACGUGACUGAAAGACAAAAGGUCCACUGUCUCAACACACUCUUUUCUCGGCUUCAGAUCAACCAGUCCAUCAUCUUCUGUAACUCCACCCAGAGGGUUGAACUUCUGGCCAAGAAAAUCACCCAACUGGGUUAUUCAUGCUUCUACAUUCAUGCAAAGAUGAUGCAGGAAUACAGGAACCGCGUGUUCCAUGACUUCAGGAAUGGAUUGUGCAGAAACCUGGUCUGCACAGACCUAUUCACUCGGGGAAUUGACAUCCAAGCAGUAAAUGUGGUCAUCAACUUCGACUUUCCCAAAAAUGCAGAGACCUACCUGCACCGCAUCGGCAGAUCAGGGCGUUUCGGUCAUCUGGGUCUGGCCAUCAACCUGAUAACUUCAGAUGACCGCUACAACCUGAAGAAUAUUGAGGAUCAGCUGGUCACUGACAUUAAGCCCAUCCCCAGCAGCAUCGAUAAGAGCUUGUAUGUGGCAGAGUUUCACUCCGUUGACCCGGAUGCUGACGGUGACGAUGACGGCGAAGCCUUAAACAAGGAACUGGGAGCAAUCUGAGUGAAUGGAGAAACACGGCGCCUGGCAUACAUCACACAACACUGGCAAUGCAUCACACAGGCUUCCAAUUGAUGAUUUUUGUUCCCCAUUUUGCCACCAUAAUGGUCUACUUUAGAUUUCUUUACAUUCCCAGUUUGAGUUUACAGCAAUUUCCAUUUCUGUCUGUACAUGUAACUACCACUAAAGUGGUUUCUGCCUCACUGCCAGAGAUGGUCACUGUACACGUGAUUUGGGCCAAUGCUUAAGUCUGUCAUUGAACUCAGCCACUCUUGACAAUCGAUAGAUGACGUCAUUUACUUUUUUUGUGCUUUGCUGUAAGAAUUAAAAUGUGAAACCAAAGGUAGACUUUAGAGGAUAGAGACCAGCUCACGUUCUUGUGCAGAUAGCAGUUUGCACAUCCUGCUGAUACGUCUUUUCAUCAGACGCUUUAAAGGAAACCCACAAUUUUUAAAACAAUCUACAUGCAGUGGCUACUUUAUUAGAUACACCUUUGUUACUGACAUGGACUUGACAAGAUACUGGAGACAUUCCUCAUACAGACUUAUUCAUGUUGGAAUAAUAGCCUUGGCCGGGUGCUGCAGAUUUGUCAGCUGCCCAUUUAUGCUGUGGAUUUUGUGUUUAACUUAAUCUCACAGGAGCUCUGACUGUUGAGGCCACUAGACUCAUUAUCUUUUUUUUAAGGAUGUAGUCUGUAAUGUGGCAUUAUGUCCCGCAAAAAAAAUAGCCACUGGAAGAUGGCAGGUUUAGAAAUUACCUUUUUUGUCCACCUGCCACUGUGGCUGGUGUAUUCCAAAAUCGACCAGCCACUCAACGGAUUACUAUUGUUUGUUUUUUGGCUAGAGGCUGACGCGAAUCUAGUAGCCGCUUGCAGAUUUUCAGCAUUUGGCUGCUGCUGUGAGCUAAUUUCCAACCCUGCAAGAUGUGUAGACUGGCCAUAAAUACAUGCACAUACAUGAUCAGCAACAGUAGUCCAAAAGGCUCUUGCAUUUAAAUGGUGCCAAAUAGCCAAACUGCCAAAAAAAUAUUGACAUAACACUGCUACCACCAACCAGAAAUGUUAUAUUCACGUUGUUUACAUCAAAUUUUACCAUCUUCAUGUUGCUUCACAAUCAGACCAGCUGACAUUUUUCCAUUUUGCAGUGUUAGUUUAGCCUUUAAACACAUGGACCUGUGUGGAAAUGCCCGGAGGUUAGCACCAACAUUGCAGUCAGAGCUGAUGGUUGAACCAUGUCUGCUUGCUUCGGGUGGCUGAUCUAGAUAUUUGCUUUAAUGAACAGGUGUACUUAAUAAUGUGGCCACUAAGUGUAGUUUUUUUGUUGCUUUUGCCAUCAUUCCAUGUUGGUUAUAAAAGCAUUUUGCCCACCAACUUUAUUGCUGACAAGACAUUUGGCACAAUGCAGUGGUUACAUAAAGUGGAUUAUACGCAUAUCCCGAGUUGAACCAAAUGCUGUCAAAAGGGAACCAAAGUUUGAAGAGAAGACAAAGAAUCACAAAAUUAGAAAUGAGAGAGCUUCAGAAACCAGAAUGACCUCUUUGCUCUGCGUUUGAACGAGGGCUGCUAUGGUGCUUCAGUACAGAGCACCUAAAACCUUGUUAUAUUUAAAGCGUUUACUGCAGAAAUAUUUAAAGAUGGCAGUGUAAUGUCAGUGACGCUGUAGUGCAUAUUGUCAAAGCACAGAUCUGAUAAAGACAAUAAGUCAGUAUUAUUGUAAAACUUUAUUUGAUCCCUUUAAAGCCAUUUCACCAGGCAGCAUUUUCUCAGGUCUUGAGUUUAUCAGUAAUCAACAUGACGGGAUGAGAUGUCGUAUUUGACAUGUUGAAACCAGGCGACUUGUCCGGUCAUUUUAAUGUAGACGCUUUAUUCAUAGUUCCCUCUGAAGUGCCUUAGUCUAAUGUCAAACCUCUGCUUUGCCCAGUCUCUUGUCCCAAGUUUGUUUUGAAAACCAAACAAUUCCUCAUUAGUUUCAGUUUUGAAAGCACAGUCAAGGACUUCGUUUUUCCGUAUUUGUAAGAAAUGCCUUUGUCUCAUGGCAGUUGUAAAUAUGACCAGCUUUGUGACUGUAUCAUAGCCUCUGACUUCUUGACCUCAGCACAAAGAUAUACAUUUCAAAUUUAAAACGAUACUGUGAAAUUUCCAGCUGACUUUUUUUGUUUAUUUGUUUCCUUGACCGACUUUUACAUCUUUGCCAAACACCAGCAGAGAGGGGACCCACAUUUGAGCCCUUUUUUGUGUCUUGAGUAUGGAGUUCUCUUGAUAGAUUUUGGCUUCCCAGUUUUUUUUAGCCUCAGUGCAGGCAAUACUUGAAUGAGUACAUGGCCAUUUUCUGAGUGGGACGAGACCACUUUGUCCCGUCACUGUAUUCUGGAGAAUUUAAGACCUUCAUGACUUUAUGACCAGAUGCUUUAAAGUAGAGCGACAGGCAACUAUUUUCUGUUAAAUGUGUCAGUGCCAGCGCCUCAAAUGAAUUAAAAGUCCAACUGACAAA